UACUUCUUCAUUUUAUUAUUAUCUGUGAAAACUUACUCAGCAAUUAAGAACAGGGCCUUUUGCCUCCAUCAGUCCCCUGUGGGGGUGGGUGUGACUCUGCCUGCACCACUAUUACGCAGAGCCCCCUCCUCUAUCUGGUACUGCGUAUGUGAGGAGAAUUAGACCAGCCACUGGCAUGGAUGGAAGCUACUAUCUUGCUCGGUUUACAGGGGUGGGUGGGCUUUGUGCAGCAUCCUUUUGAAUUGCACCAAAUGCCCCAACCAGAAUUAUUGUCAUUUGUAGUCUUGUGUCACUCAUAUCUUUUAAUUAUUGCUAACAAUAAUUAAUAAACAUCAGAUUUUAUGGCUUGCCAUUUAGACUUUGAUGCCUCCUUUACCCCUCCUCCUUUUCCCCCCUCUUUUCUUACCCGGUAGUCCAACGUGGCCAGGUGAAGGGAGGCAGGCAUGACGACAGAUGGCCCUUACAGUCUGACGGAUUAUAUAUUAACAAGAAGCAGCUCAGAUUCUCAUGCACACGCAAAUAGAGGCGUAUACACUCACUCACUCACUCACACAGUGUAGUUGAUAUUGCUUUACCCUACACACACGCCAGCAGAUUCAUGCCAGAGACACAAAUGGUUUGUCACAGCACAGCUGACAGACAGCAGGAGUAGAAGAACGAGGGAUUUAACCCAUGGACGGAGAUACAGAGAGCAGUUUUUCAUCCAUCACCAUGGAGGUGUGGAGCUCCUCAGCAUCUGAGGGAGACGAGGAGGAGAGGAGCCAUUCCAGUCUUUUAGAUGAAAUAGCAGAGGAGAACAAAUGCCACAACAGCAAUAACAAUAACAACAACAACAAUGACAACCUUUGCAGGGAGGUGACACAAGUGCUGUCCUCAGACAGAGUUGGCCAGGUCACCAAGACAUAUCAUGAUAUCAAGGCAGUCACUCACCUGCUGGAGGAGAAAGAGCGUGAUCUGGAAUUGGCAGCACGGAUUGGCCAGUCCCUCCUGAAGCAAAACCAAGAAAUAACUGCACGUAAUGAAAUGCUGGAUGAACAGCUUGAAAUUGCAAAGGAGGAGAUUGCUCAACUGCGCCAUGAGCUCUCGAUGCGAGAUGACCUCCUUCAGUUCUAUGCGAGCACGGAGGAGAUUGAAAACGCUCAGUCGCAGUCACCAAUGAAAAGGAAUGAAUCGUCAAGUUCACUCACCAACUUCAUCCACUAUGACUUCCUACAGCAGAAACUGAAAGGUUUAGAGGAGGAGAACCGCAAGCUCAGAUUAGAGGCUACUGAGCUCUCAACGGAGACAUCAAUCUACGAGGAGCAAGAACAGGAGCUGAUGAUGGUGUGUGUGGAUGAGCUCUCAUCUGCCAAUAAGCAGGUGGUCAACUUGUCCGAAGAGCUAGCGCGGAAAGUAGAGGAUUGUCUCAGGCAGCAGGAGGAAAUCAGCUCGCUGCUCGCUCAGAUCGUUGACCUGCAGGCACGCUGCAAGGGGCUCACCCAUGAGAACGAGGAGUUAAACCACCAGCUGAAUGCCUCCCGUGAGAGCCAGCAAAAACUGAAAUCUGAGCUCAAGGACUUGCAGGACAAGUACUCAGAGUGUAAGGACAUGCUCCACGAAGCCCGAGAGGACAUUAAAAAUCUUCGAAACAAGAGCCUGCCGAAUAGCACCGUGCAGCGGUACACUUCAUUGGCCUCAGUGCUCCCCAUGGACUCACUGGCAGCAGAGAUUGAAGGCACUUUCCGCAAAGGCCUAGACACCCCAGCUCCCUCAGAGUACAAGAACCACCCCUGGCGUGUUUUUGAAACCGUGAAAGUGGUGAACAAGGCUGUAAGGCAGCGGUCUCAAUGCCACUCACCAGGUGUGCCAGGCUCCAGCCCGGUGUCUGCACCUUCCAGCUCUAACAGCACCCCUCGGACCAGCUACUAUGGCUCCGAUAAUGCCAGCCUGAACUUGGAAGACAAGCCGAGCUCCAAUCAUGCUCAGAAGGAAGACAGCAGCGUUAGUGGGCCAAAACGUUUAGGUCAACCAGGCACACCAGGAGGCCAGGAUCUCGAAGCUGCCUUGUGCAGACUCUCAGUCCGCCAGCAGAACCACUCUUCUGACCGACCUUUCUUCGAUGUGGAGCGCGAACGUAAACUCCGUGCCUUGGCAGCAGACAGCGAGGAAGGCGAGGGCUCUAGUGGCUUCCUGACGCCAAAUUACAGCCUGGCCUCCAGCCCAGCUGCUUCAACAGGCACCAACUACUCCAACGGUAGCUCCCGACACUCCUGUGGCUCCUCGGGAGGAUCCAGGUCCUACCUACCUGACCGUCUGCAGAUUGUCAAACCUCUGGAAGGCUCAGUGACUCUGCACCAGUGGCAGCAGCUGGCCAAACCAAACCUGGGAGGUAUCCUGCAUCCACGCCCGGGAGUCCUAACUAAAGACUUCAGGGAGCUCGAGGUUGACAUACAGCACGUCUACAGCUUGAACGACCUAGAGGAGGAUGAGCCAGACCUGUCACACCUCUCUGGAGCUCACGGCAUGGUCUCUUCAUCGGGUCCCAACCUCCCUCAGACCCCUCCCACACAUCCCAUCACCACCUGCCAAGUCCUCCAACCCUCCCUAAUCAUCCCCUCCUUCUCCACUAGCCUUCACUCUUUCGGCCUGCCACCUUCUCGGGACCGUGAGCACGUGAGCACUUCACCAGCCUUGCAGCAGCACUUUGGCCAAGGAGGCCAGACAGCCACCACAGAGCUUAGCACUUCAUCACUGGGACUCCUGCAACUGCUGCAAGAGCGCGGCAUCUCAGCCUCCCGUCAUCCCCACCACAACCUGCACUACAACCGCACUGGAAAACCUUCAUUUUCUACAGUAUCAGACAAAAGAGGAGACUUUUUCUCACACAAAGAAGGACGAAGGAACAUUUUUAGCUGGAACUUGGUGGAGAAGCUUCAGAGUCUUGGGUUGCACAGAGUGGCAGCCUGGGGGAUGAGGGGCCUCAGUGACAAAGACAGGGAAGCAGUCAGACCUCCUCCGAAAGUGUGAUGCAUUCACCUCCACACUCCUCUCUCAUUCACCAUAGUGACUUUGCAUAAAGCCAUGCGAUUCCUACUGUGCACUUCAGUGCCCACCACAGCACCCGUGUCUUGAAAAGAAAAGCCACAGAAUGUGUUAGAGCCAUACUUUCAGUUAUUGGUAGUGUGCAGUACAAUGUUUUUCUAUGAACUUGUGCACGGUAAAUUAUUCUUUACAUGUGGGACAUUUUCAUCUCAGGAAAACCACCUGAUCACUGCUGUGUUUGAUUCACACUUUGCUUCUUUUUACGCAAAAAAAGGAAAAUGAUGAAGAAAAGAAAUAUUUUAUACUUUUGUGUUUUGACUUUCCUUUUACAAUUUGCCCCACCCCCAAUCACUGGUUUUAAAAAAACCUCCUCACUCGUCAUUUUAUUAGUUUCCAAAGAGAAACAUGAGCUAUGUGUAAAUAAUAACUGUCAUUUAGGGAAAUGAAAAAAGAUGAUGUGCUGUAAAUUAUUGAGAGUUAAGAAACCACAAACAAACCAAUGCUGUCCCUGAAAAUGCACUAAAACACAGUCUGGUCUUCCUGCUUAUUCGCUGCUAUGUUGACAAAAGCAUAUAGUAUAUAAGUUUGUCAAAUUAUACUUAGAAAGAAGCACUGAGAAGAAGCCUGACGAUCCAGUGACUGAACUGAGUAAUGUUAAUAAUACUGAGCAGUCUGCCUUGCAGUCCAUUACUUGCUCUCACAUGCACAGUUCCAUUUCACCUCUAAGCUGUUUAAAGUUACGCCUUUAUGGACUUUAUUCUGAGCCAAACCUCACCACAACCAAAUUGGAUUUGCAUGCUGCAUGGAAGACGGUGAAGCAACAUGUUGACUGCAGUGACUCAAAGUUUUGUUUGUAGAAAUCUGCUGUAUAAAUCGUGUCAUCGGGAAUUUUUAAACCACUGGGAUUUAAAUUUAACCGAAAUCACGCUGGGCAUUUCAGAGUGAUAUCUGUGACAGUAGGUGCUAUAAGUAAUAUUUAAUAAGUACAAGAGUUAUCAUGAUAAUUUAAACAGCAUCACUCUGGUUGAUCAAUCAGCUCUGGCGAAAAAGCCACAUGAUAAUGUGGAUUUAAAAGGGAAGAAUUCAUAAACAGAGAUUUGUGUUUCUACGUAAAUUAACCAAACGACUGUUUCUGUGCGCUGUUGUUUGCUGUAACUCUACAUGUCAGUGUGUGCGUAAACUGUACCACCUGUGAAUAAAUGUUUUCAUUUCCACCAAGUUCA